UAUACCCUCACAUGAAAAAUACCCUGUGGCGUUACGUCUAUUACAACUAACCUGUGGACAAAUUACCGAUGUGGUACUUACCCGUACAACAUGAACAUGAAAUUGGGAAUUUCGUCAAAUCCUUUGAUAUGCUACUCCCUACGCAAGCGCCCGGAAUGGGCCACUCUUGCCUCUACCAUUAUACAAAAUAAAAACGCCACGUGGAAAGAGAGAAAACUUGACCACCAUGACAUGGCCCUACCUCUACGAAGUCCCGGCGGCCAACCCCGAAGAGUGCUUCGUGUUAUCUUGCUAUCGCCGUCAGAUAUCGGCACUGAUGAUUGUAAAGACCGGAUUCAGCGGUUGUAUCAUCUCAGUGGAGGGCAGGAUAUCGCCAUUGUCUUCUUACUUAAGCAAGCAAAGGGCCAGGCGAAUCCAAUGACAGCGUUCAUGAUGCUUCAACUGAGUCUUGUUGGGGAGUUUGAAAUGCCCAUCAUCCCCGUAAGCUCGAUCCAGGCUGUGCAACCAAACCUGAUGGCAUUUUACCAUCAAAUCAGUAGCGGCAGUAGGGCCCCUAGAACGACGAAUCCAGCCCAAUCCCUCCUCCCAUACUGCUCAGACAGGCCACCACUAUCAGAACAUGCAGUUAAUGUCUUGACCGAUAUUACAUCCAGUAUGGGGACCCUAUUAGAUACUGUGUCAACACCGGCCGGGCAGACGGAAAUAGCCACAUUCUUGGAAAACGACUCAGAGAGUAUCGUGUCGUUCUGGGCAAAGGAGUAUCUCGUCGAAUAACUGGUCUUCACAUAUCUUUAAUUUCCCGUGGUCGACGCCAUGGUUAUGUU